GCUGUCGACCGGCGCCUCAAGAGCCCGCCUUCCCGCCAAAACCGUCGGUGAUCACGACGGUCUCGGCAAAGAGAGUGGGCUCUGGCCGUGCUUCCUCGUCUGUACUUUGGCGCCCCUCAGGGCCAGCCUCGGCAGAGCACCCGAAGGACGAGACGGAGGUGAUGCCAGGAAUGGCGGGAAGUCCCCGCCAAUGCCGCCAUUGUGGAGCGAGUCCCGAUCAACGACGCUGGCAGAUAAUCGAUAUAAAGACGCCGCCAUCUGCUGGAGUACGCCCCUCAAUUCCUCCUUCCAUAGCACCGCCCGCACCGCCAUCGAACGCCCCUCCAUCCCUCGCUCCUCAACAAUGAAAUCUGCUGUGUGUCUUUCGGUUGGGCUGCUCGCUCUCUGUGCUGGAGCAAGUGCCGCAUGUGCCAACUCCAAGGUUUCCAUCAAUGACCCUGUGCUGAUCACAGCUGGUGAACAGCCCAUUGCAUGGGGAACAUAUAUCAACAACGUUGGCGGCCCCAAUGACGCCUGCAUCAGCGUGACCGAUGUUCGACGAACCCUGUGGUUCAACACAAAGGACUUGGACUGCUCCCGUGGCACCAUUCCGCAAAUCGCCCGCUCGGUGUCCAUUGGUUCUGGCAUCCGUCUGCCUCAAGCCUGCAACUCGGCCUCGCGCUAGUUCACCUUGUUUGCAAAGGCGACUUGCUCCGAUGCGCAUCCCCAUCCUCGCAGAUUUGGCGCACAAGUACAAUCGAGGGGAGGAUUGGGGAUGUUCUGCAUGCACGGAUUCCAAAUUGGAUGGGACAUUAUCGGCGACGAAUCGACGAAGAAAAAGGAAACACAGCAACGAUGGAUCACUCGGAGGCGAGAAGCAAACGCAUUCAUGCUCCUGUUUUGGACCGCCUAAUCCACAGAACUAGGCAUUUUUGUUUGCGAGCCAGUGUGGCAAGAGUGGGACUGUAUCUGGUUUAUU